AUGGCGGAGCGUGCUCAAGGGACCAAGUGGUUCACUCCUGCUCGCCAUGCUCAGACCAUCUGGACACCAACUGAGACCAUCAAUGCUACGAUCGGGCAGCCGAUCACUUUAACGCCCGGCUUGAAGGCCCAGCCUGAAAUCAUCCAGUGGGGAUACCGCAGAACACAGCGUGACUCCUCGGUCGUUCUGUGUGAGAAAUUGGGGAACGAAACCCCGAACUGUCUAUCACCCUUUGCCACCCGGAUGGAGAUGACACCCUCAUAUGAGCUCACCAUCUUCUCAGUGGUCCCGUCAGAUGAGGGUAUUUAUCGUGCAAUUGUCUGGUACAUCUGGGAUGAGAUGAAGAGUAAGUUGAUUAACCUCAAAGUCUUUGAAACCAUUUCCAAUGUUACCAUUUAUGUCAGCGUGGGGGAUGAUCAGGCCACUUGCCACCUUCAGUGUCAGACAGCCGAAGGCACGAGGAUUAUCUACAAGUGGCAGGCCCAAGGGGUUGAUGUGGUCAAUGACAAGCACCACAACAUCUCGGAUGGUGGCAGGAGGCUGAGAGUUAUGAAGUCAGUGGUCGUUCCUGUUGGUGAAUCCUUGUACAAGUGCAUCGCAUCAAAUGCUGUCAGCUCCGAUCAAAUGGAAAUUGAUUUGAACCCCGAUUGCAGCACAGGUCAAUCUUGGCUUACUGUCACUUAAAUGGGGACAAUCAGUCUGAGUCAGUGUUCCGUCUCUGCCUACCCUGCAUUAGGAUUGGAUGGGCAAUCUCGGACUGCUUUCCUUUCCCACCAUUAUAGCUGUUCAAACUCCAUGUUGUUUGUGCCAUUUCAAUGUUUCUCAGACAGCAUUCAGAAAAAUGUAGUAUGCAUCGAACCUAUCCUGGACCCGUUUGUUGUACUUGUGUUGA